UGUCGCGCAUUCACGAUCAGUCGUUCUGCUCCGCCGGACUGGGGUGCGUUCAUCUGAUUGUAUCACCGCGUAGUUUUGUAUAAUUUACCCGUGUACACCAGUCGUUCGCAGACUCCCGGGAAAACUCGUUUCACCGAGUUGCGUUCAUCGCGUUCCUCGUCAUUAACACAUCAACCCGUAUCUACAGCAUUAGACGGCUGAUAUCGUUUUUCGAAUAUUUUUCGUCUACAUUUUCGAUUUAUAAAUUUAUUUUAUUUUUUUAUCGUUUUCGUGUUUUAUUAGCAACCCCCGCCGAGAGGAGGGUUUCUAUAACGACACUCUCACGCGAUAUUCGUGCGUAGCCAUUCGCCGGUCCCAAUCGCUUCGUGCUGACGGGACAUUUUUUUCAUCCCAUAUCUGUGGCAUCUAGACAUGUGACAUGAAGGCUACAAUUGUAAUCAAAACAAUUGUGCUGAUGACCAUUGUGGUCGACGAAAUCUCCAGAACUUACGCCAAACACCGCGAAGGAAAAUACAAAGGCACCCAUUGGUGGGGAAUCGCAAAAGCUGGCGAACCUAAUAAUUUGGCUCCUAUGACCCCUGGCCUGAUGCUCAUGGACUCGUCAUCGUUAACGUUACUGCGCAAUAAACAGAGAAGGAUGAUCCGCGAACAUCCAGGCGUAUUACAAGCAAUCAGCAGAGGCGUCAAUAUGGCACUGCAAGAGUGCCAGCACCAGUUCCGGAAUAGGCGUUGGAACUGUUCAACUAAGAACUUCUUAACUGGCAAAAACUUAUUUGGGAAGAUUGUGGACAGAGGUUUCAGGGAGACGGCGUUCAUCUACGCGAUCACCAGCGCGGGCGUGACGCACGCGGUGUCCAGGGCGUGCGCGGAGGGCGUGAUCGAGACGUGCACGUGCGACACCACGCACCAGCGACGUGGCCCGUACAUCCAGAACUCUGUGCCGGGCGUCAAGGACUGGGAGUGGGGUGGCUGUUCGGACAACAUAGACUUCGGGUACAAGUUCGCCAGGAUGUUCGUGGACACUGGUGAACGGGGCCGCAGCCUCCGGGAGAAGAUGAACCUGCACAACAACGAAGCCGGCCGCAUGGUAAUUAAUGUUCCCGGGACCUUCGGGUGUCCCGAACGAGGUCCUCAGGAUUUUCGUCACCACCCAGACUCAAGCAGUGCUGAACUCUAUGAACGACUAGACGCUCUGAUGUUUCCACCACGUUGGAAAAGGGCCCACCUAGGGUUGAUCAGGAAAGGCGCGGACAAGUUCCCUGACGCCCCGCCCAGCUACAGACCUAACCUCGACGAACACGAGGGCAGCAGGAGAGCACCCAACCAGUUCGGAUUCUGCAAGGGCAUCAGCACUGAGAGUCAGCAGUUACCAACGUCCUCAGCCUCGCUGCCCAGGCAGCUGUCACCCCUGCCAAAAAGAGUUUGUGCAUCCUGGUGA